AUGAGUGAGGAGGUCAUCAGCUCGCUUUGCGAGCAGUUCGUCAUCCGACUCCGGGACAACUCUUCAAGCAACCACCGUCAGCAUCGAUUCUUUCGCAACGGCACAGGGUCCGAAGUCUUCCACAGCAAUCAGCAAGAUCUACGCGAGCUGCUCCGACACCUGUGUCAGUUCCAUGCGAUCUCACUGGACCUGCUUCCCCUGCUCGUACAGCGAACCUUAUCAGACUUGAGCACCGUCUUCGCCAUCCUGCUUUGGGUCCGUGGACGACACGAAGUGCCUGUCCUGCGACAGUUUCUCGACCUGAUUCUCGAAGCCGCCGGAAGGGGGGACGGUGCGACACUUAAGGUCACCGACGAUGACCUCCCGUUGUCACGGUCCACCGCGACCGGUACGUUUCCCCUGAAAGGGGCCGAAUUUUACGAAAAGCAGUUCAAGUUCUGCGCAGUGACACUCGUGAAACGAGAAGAGGUGAUAUACAAGGAUGACCGAUGCAAGUGCCCGCUGCCGUAUCUGGAAGAAAGCCGGAUCGGAGAAGGCGCCUUCGGUCAGGUCUGGAGCGUGCGCAUUGAGAAACGGCAUCUGCAGUCAAGAGGAAAACACACAGAGACGACAGUGGCCCUGGAGUAUGCGCGAAAGGAUUUCCAACUGAAUCAGGAACAGGCUUUUCAGGAGGAGCGCGAGAUCUUGAAUCGGAUCCUGGAUCAACCCCGAAGACACCGGAACAUCAUGGUGGCACUGGCCAGCCUACAGUAUGGGAACACCUACAGCCUCUUUUUUGACCUGGCAUCCUGCAACCUCGCCGAGUAUCUGCACGCGGAAGAUCACUCUCCUCCUUGGAGUUGGGAGGAAAAAUGCGCCAUCUACCGGCGUGGAGUCACUCUGGCCGGAGCGUUGGCUUUCCUUCACACUGAGUUCCGGAACCAAAGCUUGGAAAUGCUCUCGUGCUACCACCUCGAUCUCAAACCCCACAAUAUCCUCGUCUUCAACGCAUAUACCAGCUCCGAGGAAUGGAAGAUAACUGACUUUGGUCUUUCCCGAGUCAAAGGCCGAAGGCACGGCGGGGACGAGGACGUGGCUCUGGUGAUGCCAUUCCUGAGAAAGGCCCAGUGGGGACCCCGGCAUUUCCAAGAACCAUCGACGAUGAAUCGACGCGGCGAAGGUACUUAUCUCGCCCCAGAAUGCUCCUUGCCCAACGGCAGGGUGAGCUCCGCCAGUGAUGUUUGGUCCUUUGGAUGCAUCUUUAGCUUGGUGAUGUCCUACAUUGACGCCGGCCGUAGUGGUGUGGUGGCAUUUGCGACAAAACGGCGCCAACAGGAACAUGGUGACUCCUUUUAUACCAUAAAACGCAGGGGAAGAGAACCAGAGCUUUCGCCGGUGGUGAAGAAUUGGUUCAGUCAUCUGAAGAAGAGGGCGAGUGCCAGUCCUCAUGUAAUGGAAGGUAAGGUGGUAGGUCGCACGCUCGAUUUCUUGCAGAAGGAUGUACUUCAUCCUAAACGCGACCGAAGGGUUAUGGCAACCAGACUUGAAGCCGAAUUGUCUGAGAUAAGUCGUCGUUUCUACCAGCCUCUCGAGAUAUCGGGCUCCAGAGUAAAAAAAUGGAGAUUUUCACACUCCAAACAACCGCCGUAUAUUCCUCAGCAUCAGAAGCUCCCUUUGGAUCAAAGUCUGGGCAUACAAAGUAGUCUAUUUGCUCCCGGAGGAGAUCUCCUGGUUAUCCACUCUCUACCGAAGGCCCAGGUGUUCUCCCCGAAUGAAAUUGUAUCCAGUAUGGAAGAGCACGCUGCUAUCCCAAAGCCACGUCUGAUCCUCCUUCCCAACGCCCGAUUGGAAUGUAUCGCAAACAGCUCGACUUUGAUUUGCGCUUGUCUUGCGGUUCCGUAUUUCGAGUGCUACUUUUAUGUUGCAUCCGAAUCAUCACUCACCAGUCUUCCUAAUAACGCUCGAGUUUACCGUCCUCACAUGGGGUCUAUCAAGAAGGUAGCCAUAUCUGCAGAUGGGGAAUGGGCUGCUUUUAUUAUCACGCGCAGUCCUUACGGGCCGGAUUCAGAUGCUCUGGUGUACCUUUUACGCACCAAAGAUCUGGUGGGUGUAUCAAGCGAUGCGAUCUCCUCUCCACCAUCAAGUCGUUCGAACUCACCUGUCCAGGGUCACAGCUCCGACAGCAUCACUAGCGGGGGGGGCACUAUCUCGCAAGGCUCGCAGAUUGGACCUGUGGCACAAAUCCGGUCAUUCAUCUUCUCCAGCGACGCCCAGUAUCUAGUCAUAAUCAGUCAGUUAGACCCUGAGCAUUUGUGCAUUCGAGCAUGGGACACGCACUGUGGCUCAUUCUGCGCAGAUCUGAACAUAGCAUUUUCGGGCUCCUCCAUAGUGGGAGACACUCUCUUCACUGCAUGUACUAUGUGUCAUCAUACACCCAGCCUAUUUAUACUGUGUCAAGGCAGAUAUCUGCUUUAUAUCAGCUCUUGGAGUUGGGAUCAUCGCGUCCAUACCCUACCCGGCCACAUCUUCAAUGUUUUCGCGCGUGACGAUGAUGCGGCACUGGUUCUUCUAGGAAAUAAUGGCGACGACCGUCUUCUAAGGGCCUACACCAUGCCGAUCCCAAUCUCAGGGCCUCCUGAGCUUAAAGAAAUAGCCAUGAGUAAUCUGAGCUCAUACAGCGCGGCCCGGGACAGUGCCGUCCUCGCACAAGGCACAAGAUCGCGAAGGAUGUUACUAGUCGCGACGGCGAGAGGCGAAUUCCUUGCUAUAAGAAUCCCAGAUGGAACAUGA